UGGGGGAAGAACACAAUUCCCAAGUUCGGCCCCGCCUCUGUUGUCUCCCUACAGCGACUCCCCCGGCCGCCAGAGCGGAAGUAGCGUAGUUCCGGGCGGAAGUUGCCGGGACGCGGAAGUUUGGGCCCUGUGCUGUGGUUACCGGAGCCUUCAGACUGAGCAUGGCCCUAAAAGGGAAAGGCAAAGGGAGGAAAAAGGAGAGUGUCGCGGCGGGGCGAGUGGCUUGCGGCCCGGGUCCCUGGGCUCGGGCGGGUGAGCGGAGCCGCGGAGUCGCUGAGCCUUUGGCGUCGGUCUCUGGGCGGAGCCCGGGCGGCGGCGGCGCGAGGCCUCCGAAGGCUGACUACCUGGUGGGACAAGUGGCCGACAGCUUGGCCCGAGGCGGUCGGCGCUCUGGAGGCGGCACUAGUCGGCUGGCGGCGCUCUUCCGCUGCGGAGAAUCGCAGCUCCAACCCCUUUACGUGCCUCUGCCUCCCGGAAACACCAAAAAAAGGAAGCGGGAUGAGGAGGAAGAAAGUGCAUCCCAGAUUCAACGGCCACUUUUGCAAGAACCUGCAAAAAAAGUGAGGGUGAAGAAACUUUCUGAUGCAGACAAACAAUUGGCCUACAGAGAAAAUGCUCUAGCAACUGCUGAUUUAGAAGAAGAAGAAACUCACCAGAAACAAGGGCAGAAAAGGAAAAAGUCUCAGCCUGGUGUUAAAGUAGCACAUGAAAAAGUACUUGAUGAUGUAGAUCAUCCAGCUGUCAAUCAAAGGAAGAAAAUUCAAAUCAACCCAGAAGAAGAGAGGUUAAAGAAUGAGAGAACUGUGUUUGUGGGAAAUUUGCCCGUCACAUGUAAUAAAAAAAAACUGAAGUCGUUUUUUAAAGAGUAUGGACCAAUAGAAUCUGUACGAUUUCGUUCUGUGAUUCCAGCAGAGGGAACUAUGUCCAAAAAGUUGGCUGUAAUCAAACGUAAAAUUCACCCCGAUCAGAAAAAUAUUAAUGCUUAUGUUGUAUUUAAGGAUCAAACAGCUGCUACUAAAGCAUUGAACAGAAACGGAGCCCAAAUUGCCGACGGAUUUCGUAUUCGAGUAGACCUGGCAUCGGAGACCUCCUCUAGGGACAAGAGAUCCGUGUUUGUGGGGAAUCUUCCAUAUAAAGUUGAAGAGUCGGCGGUUGAGGGCCACUUUUUGGACUGUGGGGCCAUCGUGGCAGUAAGGAUCGUGAGAGACGCACUGACAGGCAUUGGCAGGGGCUUCGGCUAUGUGCUCUUCGAGAAUACAGAUGCUGUUCAUCUUGCUCUGAAAUUAAAUAACUCUGAACUGAUGGGAAGAAAACUCAGAGUCAUGCGUUCUGUCAGUAAAGAAAAACUAAAACAAAAUUCAAGUCCCAAUUUGAAGAAUGCCAGUAAACCUAGGAAGGGAUUUAAUUUUGCGUUAAAAAAUGUAGGACAUUCUAAAAGUUUAUUUGUUGGAGAAAAAGCUGUUCUUGUCAAGAAGAAAAAGAAAGGACAAAAGAAAAGUGGACGAACUAAGAAACAGAAAAAACAGAAGUAGCUAUCCGAAUUGUUUUUUUCCUACUGAGUACAUUAAUGAAAGUGUGGUGAGCCUGUGCAUUGAGUUUCAGAAUUUUUAAUGGGUGGCGUAUGUGAACAUGGAAACGUUUUCAGUUCAUUUGCAUUGUAAACAGUACCUUUGAACCAUUUGUUUUAAGAUGUAGACAGGUUAGUUACCGUGGGUUAUGUGUUACUGCUCAUGAUGUAAGAGAUGAUUUUGGACUUAGGGUAAACAUUUAGAAUUUUAGUGGUUAUGUAUUAUCUUAGUGUAUGUUACAAAUAUACAAUUAACACAUAAGACAGUUAUUUCAAGAAUUACUUUGAAAUGAGAGACUGAAUUAAAAAGUAAAUUUAAAGAAAAAUAAAACACUAGCCCUGAGGUUGCUGGCUGAUUCCCAGUUAGGGCACAUGCGUGGGUUGCAGGUUCAGUCCCAAGUCUGGGUGCAUAAACCAGUUGAUGUUUCUCUCCCUCUCUCUAUCUCUCCCUAUUCCUCUCUCUAAAAUAAAAAAAUCGAAAGUAAAUAAAAACAUUAAACUUUCGUACUGAUUGUACCCAGUCAAAGUAUCUAAAUAGCUACAGUGAGAACACUGACAAGGUCGAAUCACAAUCCCUAAGAAGAAGGGUUUGAGGACUGGUAUGUAACGGCCACUCGUUUUGCUUCCUUACACUUGUGAUAAUUGGGGUUCUGGGUUUUUAUUUCAUCAACCUACUGAUAACUAACAAGAAUAUGAAGUACUAUGCGAAAUGUUGCUCUAAUUUCUUGUUUGUUAACCAGUGAUGAGACUGGUUAUUGAAGCCUUAGGCAAAUUGGCUAUAAGCGGCUUUCUACUUUUAUUUCUGUUCUUUCAUUUGAAAGAUACUCUCCCAGGAAACCAUGUGAUUCUUCAUUGUAUGUUGCCCAUAGAAUGAAACAAUCUUUCAAAAAAUCGUAUUUAAAGGAAACAUCGUGUGAUACAAAUGGUGAUUAAGUCACAGUGUAUAAAAGUUCAAGGGGCCCUGGCUGGUGUGGCUCAGUGGAUUGAGCACUGGCCUGUGAACCAAAGGGUCACUGGUUCAAUUCCCAGUCAAGGUACAUGCCUGGGUUGUGGGCCAGGUCCCCAGUGUGGGGCACAUGAGAGGCAACCACACAUGGAUGUUUCUCUCCCUCUCUUCAUUCCUCCCUUCCCCUCUCUCUAAAAUUAAAAAAAAAAUCUUUUUAAAGUUCAACAAGGGACAAGAAUACCAUUGCAUUCCCUUGAGACUUAACUUGGUGACAUAGCUGGUGUCCCUGCUCAUAAAUCUUACCCAGUCAGCUGAGAUACCAAGUCUGUCCAGUAGGGAGGAGUAGGAAUAAACCAGAGGGUGCCAGGGGCUGAUUGGAGCCACAGGCGGAAUCUGUGACAUGCAUCAUAUUCCUUUGGUGGGUAAGGGGACUGGGAGACCGUUAUUACUGAUUAUUUUGACAAUCCUGUCUUGGUAUAGCACAAGGAAAACUUCAUGAAUUUUUUAUAGUGUGGCUCUGUAGAAAACAGCUCCAUUGUCCUGUAUCCAAGGGUUGAGUAUUUUUUAUGGUUACAUAUCCUCGAGUGCUUAGCACCUUGUGUUUCAUAAGUGGGGUUAAAUAUAUCCUUAUUACUUGAUUGGUGAGCAUUUUUGCACAUAUUCCCAUUUAAGUUUAAAUAAAGAUGCAUUUUCUAUAAACUA